AUGGCUUCGUACGGCCACCGGAUGCCCCAGCAGCCUCACCACGGCCACCCGCACGCGGGCUAUGCCGCCUCGCAGCCGCCGGCUCCUGGGCCCCCGGCCGGCACCUUCGCCCCGGGCACCAAGAUCCAGGUCGGCAACCACCGCGUGCAGAUCCAGAAAUACCUGUCCGAGGGCGGCUUCGCGCACGUCUACCUGGUCAAGCUGCCCAAGCCCGUCGACGGCACCGACCUGGCCGUGCUCAAGCGAGUCGCCGUGCCCGAUAAGGAGGCCCUGCGGGGCAUGCGCACCGAGGUCGAGACCAUGAAGCGCCUCAAGGGGCACCAGGCCAUUGUCACCUACAUCGACUCCCAUGCCUCCGAGCUCAAGGGCGGCGGCUACGAGGUCUUCUUGCUCAUGGAGUUUUGCGACGGCGGCGGCCUCAUCGACUUUAUGAACACCCGCCUGCAGCACCGCCUGACCGAGCCCGAGAUCAUCAACAUCUUUGCCGACAUCGCCGAGGGCGUUGCCUGCAUGCACUACCUCAAGCCGCCGCUGCUGCACCGCGACCUCAAGGUCGAAAACGUCCUCAUCACAAACACGCCCAAGGGCAAGCGCUUCAAGCUGUGCGACUUUGGCUCUGCUGCUCCUCCCCGGGCGGCCCCCCUGACCGUCGUCGACUGCCGCUUGAUGGAUGAGGAUGUCCAGAAGCACACCACGCUGCAGUACAGGAGCCCCGAAAUGGUCGACGUCUACCGCAAACAGCCAAUCAAUGAAAAGUCGGACAUUUGGGCGCUGGGCGUGUUGCUGUACAAGCUUUGCUACUAUACAACCCCUUUUGAGGAUCAAGGGCAGCUGGCCAUAUUGAACGCAAGCUUCAGAUAUCCCAGCUAUCCCGUCUUCUCAGACAGGCUAAAGAAACUCAUUGCUUCAAUGCUCAGGGAGAAUAUGCAACUGAGACCCAACAUAUACCAGGUCCUCAAGGAGGCUUGUGCCAUGCAAGGCCGAGAUCCGCCUAUUCAUGAUAUUUAUUCUGGACGAGCGAGCGACGAAUCGAGAACGAGCCAACAUACCUCCGCCACCGAUGCAGCGGCGAAGGCGCCCAUGGUCGGCGCCGUCUUCGCAGCACCCACUAGAGAGCAACAAACGCUGCCGGACAUUACACCCAUGAGAAGAGGCCGUCCGAUCCCCUCGCCAUCCCGCACGCCUGUUCCGGGCAAGGUCACCGAUGGCGAUCCAUUCGCUGCUUUAGACUCUAAAAGCAUUGCUGCUGCGAGCGCUACCACCACCGUCCGACAGCCCGAGCCUGAUGAGCUCUCUUCUAGGUUCCCACGACUGGACGAAUUUGCCCUGCUUCAUGAGCAAAAGACUUUCAACUUUGACUCCACCCCAGCUUCGCCUCGACCGCAAAAGGACAUGAGCACAAAGAUUGCCGAGCGAUUGGCCGACGAGGCAUUCGCAUCUUCGAGAAGCCCUGCGCCUUCAACACCCGCUCCGAGACCGCACUCCGUUGCGCCCAUCUCGUCGCGCCCUCCGCCUGAGGUUCCGCCGCCCACGCUGGAGACCAAACUUCAUCCAAGACUGGUGCCCUCGUCUACGGCCCAAUCUGGAAUCAGCCGAGCGCAAUCCAUCAUCACGAGCAACCCGGAGCUCAAGGCUAUUGCGAACAAGACGGCGACCUCUUCAUAUGUUUCUACAGGGACGAUGACGGAGCUCUCUCCCGACAAGGAACGGCCGUCAGACGCGGAGACAAGCAGACGCUCCUUUGAGGUGGAAACCCCUCGCGCACCUGCUCCUCGUACCGCGGCCCUCACUGGACAAAACACCGCCAAGCGACUUUCUGGCGGCAACUGGGCAUCAGCAAACACACGAUCCUCGUCUGUCCAGCCGCGGGUGAGCCAGAGCACGGUCGCCUCAUCCAGGACGUCGCUUGACAUCCUCAGCUCUCAAGAAGAUCUGAUUGAAUUGCGGUCUGCUGCUGGCGAUGCUGGCGGUAAGCAGCGGCCUCUCAGCUCCACGUUUGAGCCCAGCACGCUGGAAUACCUGCGCGAGAGGGAAAACGCGUCAAAGCCUUCUUCUCGCCAGUCUUCCGUGACGCGACACUCUUCGUGGCAUCUGCCCCUGUCACAUUCCAACACCGGCCGCAACGACGGCGGAUCGAGUUCCAAGGACCAGCGUAGCUCUGGUGGCGCCGACGCCCAGGACGAUCAAGACCGCCCCGGGCAGCGUUCCGAGGCGACUUCCUCAACCUCCAAGAACUUGCUUGCAAGCAAGUUUGGUGGUGCGUUCAAGAGAUUCGAGAACAACGCCUCAUCAGACAACGAGCUAGAAGUGAAAUCUUCGUCGCCCGGCAAAGAGCAGGGGCGUCGUGCGCUGACGCCCAUCCAGGGGUCUGAGGCGGCAGACGACCGGAGCGACUCGGAUGACGAAGGGCGACACAUGACGGCCGAGAUGCGUCGCGAGAUGGAGCGUCGCCAGCUGGAAGAAGAAGAAGCUCGAGUGGAGGCUGCGCAAGCAGAAUAUCGAAGACGGGUUGCCGAGGGCGGCUCGCCCUCCAAAGCUCGUCCCCCCACCGCACCAAAGCCCAUGGGGGCGGCACGAGCGGCCAGUAUCCAGAACAGGGUUCAGAGCCUGCUCUCCGAGGAACAAAAGCCGGCACACGUUCCGCGGACAGCCCACGGAUAUGGCAAGUACACCGAUUCUGAGCCAGCGCCAGGCGAGACGGACAAGAACCGCCCCGAGGUGAAGCGUAAGCCGACCGUGGGUGCAAAGCCCGCAGUUGCGGACCCACGAAGAAGCGACAGCUCCUUGGUCGACGCCAAGCAAGCCACGGGCUCGACGUCAGCUUCGGUGUCGGCGAAGAGCCAGGCCAAGCCAGCAGCCCCCAAGAAGCCCAUGCACCUGAACAACAUCCCAACAGGAGGCAGGCAGGCCGCAUCACCAACCAAGGAGAGGGACGAACCGACAUUUGAGCGUUUGAUAGCAAUCGACCUCCCCGGGCAGCCGAUGCUGGAGAUGACUGCGCGCGACAGGGAGGACUACAUUGAGGACUUUGCCAAGCGUUUCCCCAGCCUGAGCACCAUAGAGUUGAGCCGGGAGGGCGGACGCGAGAGAGAUGGACAGCAAUGA